AUGUUGCGAAUGUUAGUUUUAAGCGUACUGCUCACUCUUGUUGCGGCAGACGCGGGUGGUUGUGCAAAGUCAAAAAUCUCAUAUGAAAUAGACAACAAAAAAGAAGAAAGUGAAGUAAUUCGUGUCACCAAAAGUGCCUCACAAUUAAAUAUAAUCGGACCACUAAAAACUAUUUGUAAAGGUUUAUUAAAGAUUGAAGCACCAGUCGAAGAAUUGUCUUACAAUGGAAAAGACUUGGAGAAAAUUGAACCAGGUGCGUUUGAUAAUCAAUAUAUUACUGACAAAAUCUCAAUUAUAAACAGUAAUUUGAAAGUUAUCAAGCCGUAUACUUUCAACAAAUUGAAUAUUUCAAGUUUGCAAUUGGGCCGAAACCAGAUAGAAAGCAUAGAAGAGAACGCUAUUAUAGAUUUGCCUAAUUUGUACGACUUACAAAUGCCAUACAACAAAAUUCACAGUAUUCCUGAAAACGCGUUCAAAAAUCUUCCCCUAUUAAGACAAAUUAUAAUAUCCGACAAUCAAUUGAAAGCCCUUCCCAAAUCAUGGUUCACCGAUUUCAAGAGUUUGGAAGUUUUACGUUUGAACAACAACAAGCUUACUAGUUUGGAUCAAGAACUUUUUGACCACAAAAAAUGGUUUAGACUAUUUGUUAACGAAAAUGAUUUAGAUUGUCCGACAAUUUUAAAACUAAGGAAGCUUGCCGGUCAAAGUGGUUACCAAAAAGUUAGGAGAAAGAGAGGUUCCAUUGGCGACAAUCCCAGCAUUAUAGGUUACGAUGAAAAGAAAUGUUAA